UUGAUUGCUUCAUGGAACACCGCAUGCGCAUGAUAUACAAGUCCCUCCGUAGCUUUCUUUACUUCCCUCACUCAACUUGGCCUGCAAGUUUCAUGUGCGCUUCUUUCUUCAUCGUCCUGGAGCUCUUCCCAAAAGUUUUUUAAAUUUUCUCUUGUAAGAUUCUCGAGAAAAUUGAUUCAGAUAAAUUUUCUUAGAUUUUGAUAACGAUCAGGUUGUGACUAUUUAUUUAUUAUUAUAUAAAUUCUUUGUCGAUUUUGUUUUUGAAAUGCAUUCGGUUAUUUAAUGACGUUUCGGAUAAUGAAGACUAGCAAAGAGGAGGAGAAGGCGUUGUUUUCUGCUUUAAAUUUGUCGUUUUGGAGCUGGCUGAGUCUGACUACUUCGCCAUCGUUGAUUCACAGACACCUCAACAUCGGAGGCACUAUCAAGUAGUCCGAAAAGCGUGAUGGAGAAGAAGACAAGCACCGAACAUAAUGAUCAUAAAAAAAUCAGCAGCAAAGAAGUCCAAGAGGUCCGGUUCGUUAACGAAUGUCUUAGACUUGAGAAUGCCGAACUCUGCAACAAGAUUGAACACCUUCGACGCGAGAAUGCCGAACUUCGAUCCACCAUUGCUGAGGUCUUGAAACUCCUCUCUUCACACCGCCUCAACAUCAUCGGAGACAAUACCGCCGUAAUUGAUGAUAGUCACGGCUCCGAAGACGAACAAGUAUUCUCCAACAUCACUCCAACGAGCGUGGUGGUUAUUGACGGCCUAAGCCGUACCUCCACCAGAACUCGACCACAGGUCCCGAGUCCACUCGUUUCCGGAACGCAGCAAAGGGUGUAUGUGGCAGCUGGGUGUGGAGGGAAGAAGAGAGAUCAGGAAAAAGGCUAUGGAGUGCUGAAGAAUGUGCAACGUCCAAAAUCCUCUUUUGCUUACGUGGUCACUGACCCUAAUUUUAGAAGCAAAUAUUUGCUCGAUGCAUAGAAAUUUUUUCUUUUCUUUUUCAUUUGUUUUUUUUGGGUAUAUAGGAGAGAAUUGAUCAUGAUUGGGAUUAGGGUUAUGAAUAUUAAUGGACCUCUAGAUCUCUCCUACUUUAUUGCUUUGGUUUAAUUUUCAUUGAUUCAGUCUCAGAGUGACCAAAAUCUAAGGAAAGUAAGUAGUGGGAGGAUGAUAAACAAUAAUGAAAAAUGGAGAGGAAAAAAAAAGAAGAAAAAAAGAAAAAGAAA